AUGGAUGGCCUGUUACAGGGUAUCUGUGUCCUCUGCUUGUUGAACCUGUGGGGAGAAGUACUGGGCCACCUUCACUCAGAAUGUGACUUCAUCACUCAGCUGAGAGAGGACGAGCUUGCAUGUCUUCAGGUGGCAGAGGUGACCAACUACACACUGGGCUGCUCUGGGACCUGGGAUGGGCUGCUGUGCUGGCCCCCUACAGGCUCUGGCCAGUGGGUCACUCUCCCCUGUCCUGACUUCUUCUCUCACUUCAGCUCAGAGUCAGGAACUGUGAAGCGAGACUGUACCAUCACUGGCUGGUCUGAUCCCUUUCCACCCUACCCAGUGGCCUGCCCUGUGCCCUUGGAACUGAUAGCCAAGGAGAAAUCUUACUUCUCCACAGUGAAGAUCAUCUACACCACGGGUCAUAGCAUCUCCAUUGUAGCCCUCUUCGUGGCUAUUGCCAUCCUGGUUGCUCUCAGGAGGCUCCACUGCCCUCGGAACUACAUCCACACACAGCUGUUUGUCACCUUCAUCCUCAAGGCCAGUGCUGUGUUCCUGAAGGAUGCUGCCAUUUUCCAGGGGGAUAGCAUGGACCACUGCAGCUUGUCCACUAUCCUGUGCAAGGUCUCUGUGGCCAUCUCCCAUUUUGCCACCAUGACCAACUUCAGCUGGCUGCUGGCAGAAGCUGUCUACCUGAGCUGCCUGUUGGCCUCCACAUCCCCCAGGUCCAAACCAGCUUUCUGGUGGCUGGUUCUUGCCGGCUGGGGGCUCCCCGUGCUAUGCACUGGUACGUGGGUGGGCUGCAAACUGGCUUUCGAGGAUACUGCGUGCUGGGACCUAGACGACACCUCCCCCUACUGGUGGAUCAUCAAAGGGCCCAUAGUGCUCUCUGUUGGGGUCAACUUUGGGCUGUUUCUCAAUAUAAUUUGCAUCCUGCUGAGGAAACUGGAGCCUGUACAGGGUGGUCUUCACACACGGGCUCAAUACUGGCGGCUUUCCAAGUCAACACUUCUCCUUAUCCCGCUGUUUGGAAUUCAUUACAUCAUCUUCAACUUCCUGCCUGACAGUGCUGGCCUUAGCAUCCGUCUACCCCUGGAGCUGGGACUGGGGUCCUUCCAGGGUUUCAUUGUUGCAAUCCUCUACUGCUUCCUCAACCAAGAGGUGAGGACGGAGAUUUCACGCAAAUGGUAUGGCCACGAUCCUGAACUUCUGCCAGCUCGGCGGACAUGCUCUGAGUGGACCACACCUCCCCGAUCAAGAGUGAAGGUCCCUGUAUAUCAACCUCUGACUUUCUCAGUUCUUGUUAUCUGCCUCCAUCUGUUCUUUCUUCCCAUCUAG